GAUCUGCACAACACGUGGCUAAAACAACCAGACACGAAGCUACAUCUACAUACAGAAUGCAUAUACAUAAUAGGAGAGAGAGAGAGAGAGAGAGAGAGAGAGAGAGAGAGAGAGAGACAGAGAGAGAGAGAGAGAGAGAGAGAGAGAGAGAGAGAGAGAGAGAGAGAGAGAGAGAGAGAGAGAUGUACAUAUACUAGUAUAUGUAUUAACUAUAACGGAGGACUUCCCAGCGUCAAAUAGGAUCAAUGUAUGGGUUUAUCUAGCGUGAACCCAAGAAACUGAAUUAUUGUGUUUCACAGCUAGCUAGCACUGAACUGGUGUUUAAGUGAAAAUGGGCGUAUUGGAUCAUCUCUCCCACAUGUUCGAUUGCUCUGGUGGCAGUUCCAAGCUGAAGAAACGCAAGCAAUUUCAGACGGUGGAUAUAAAAGUGAGGAUAGACUGCGAAGGAUGUGAGAGGAAGUUGAGGAGAUCCGUGGAAGGGAUGAAAGGAGUGAAGACGGUGGAGGUGGAUCCCAAGCAGAACAAGCUGACCGUCGUCGGUUAUGUGGAGCCCGCCAAGGUGCUGGCCCGCGUGGCUCAUCGGACGGGCAAGAAGGCCGAGCUCUGGCCCUACGUGGCUUACGACAAGGUGGCUCAUCCUUACGCUCCCGGUGUUUACGACAAGAAGGCCCCGCCCGGGUACGUCCGGAAAUCAGACGAUCCACAGGUUCAAAGCCUCGCACGUGCUACCUCUUUUGAAGUCCGGUACACCACGGCCUUCAGUGACGAUAAUACUGAUGCUUGUGUUAUCAUGUGAUACUAGCGUUUUGUACUCUCUUUUGGGAUGUACUAGUACAUAAUACAUGAUGUGUGAUUUGAUUGAUACUCCAUAUUUUUUGUUUGAUUAAGUCACUUCUUAUAGACAUUGAGAAGUCACGAAUAUGUUCAUUUUUCGGAGUUACGGUC